AUGAAAAGUUUUAUUAUAAUUUUAUUAUUUCAAUUUCUCAUCUUAAUUGUAGUUAGUCAACCAGUGAACAAACUAACUGACAUUGAUACAGAUACAAAUUAUGGAGUGCACAGAUAUCCCAGGACUUUAAUUUCUUUUCCACCUUGCAAGAUGAACCAAUACUUCGACAAAGAAAAAGGUUUUUGUUUGAAUGUACUCGGUGGUGGUAAAGCACUUUAUAUAAAUAAUACAUCUUGCGGAACAAAUGUGUUGAAGCCACACUGUUUCAAUCCAAGAUAUUAUUACAUCUGUAAGAAAAAUAAAACCAUUCUGGCACAAUGUUCUCAAAACAAGCAUUUCGAAGUUCAUUUACAAAAAUGCAUUUUGAUAUAUCAUGGAAAAAACACUCCUAAUAAAACCAAUUCCAACAGUUGUCAAAAAGUAGGUGUAUUUCCAAUUCCUAAUGAUUGUCAUCAAUUCUAUACUUGUACAGCUUAUGGUCAUCGAAUGAAACAAAACUUUUACAUAUGUCCAAAAAAUAUGGCCUUUGACACGAAGACAGAAAUGUGUAAACCCUCAAGUACUUGCAAAGAAUCAAGAUUAUCUUCCACGUGUUUAUUUAGCAAUGAGAAAGAAGAUAUGACUCUAGAGGAAGCAAAUAUGUUCUUAAGACUGGAGAAAAAGGAGAAAUCAUUAAUGUGUGAAACGAUAUUUACGAGUGAUGAGGAAACUAUGACUACUGAGAGGAAUUACAAUAAUGAUGAAAUUAAAUCGACAACUACUUCUUAUAACAAGCCGUCUGUAUCUGAAUUUACAGAACCCAGUGAUAGGAAAUUUAUUACAACCAUGAUCGAACGUGCUUCGGGAACAUCACAUUCUAUAAACACUGUCGCUUCCGAAAUAUAUACAACUGCGAUGUAUUCGCCAACUAACGAAGAAAUCACGUAUACGACAGAGCAAAAUUUGCUAACAGAAAUAAAAAAGAAUGGAGAAGAGAAUCUAGAAUCGUCAACUUCAAAAGAAUCUUACAAACAAGAACAUAAUGGAAAAACAAUUAAUAAUAACGUACAAUCAACUGAUGCAAUGAAAACUUUUCCCACUGAACCAACAAUUUUAGAUGACACAACUUCUAGAGAAACAAGAAUUGAAAAACAACCAGGUAUAGAAAUAAAAACUCAUCCAAACGAAUCGCCUAAUUUUAAAAAUCAAUAUAGUACAACAACGGCAGAAUUUUAUGACGCAACUCAUCAUUGGUACAUAUCACAUAGUACACCGGCCACAGAAGAUUUGAAUGAACCAUUAACUACUGAAGAACAGAUUACUGAUUUGCAAUUAACAACAAUUAAUGGCAGUCUUGAUGAAGAAAAACAUAUAAAAAUAAAUUCAAAUGAUCCAUCUUCAGAAAUUCCUCAUAUUAUACAACCAAAUGUAGAAAUAUCAACUAGUACACCAACAGCAAAAGACUUGAAUGAACCAACAGUUAUUGAAGAAGAGAUUACCGAUUUGCCAUCAACAACAACUAAUAGCAAUCUCGAUGAAAAUGGACAUACAAAAAUAAAUUCAAAUGAUCGAUCUUCGGAAAUUUCUAAUAUUACACAACCAAAUAUAGAAAUACCAAAUUUUAUACCAGCCACAGAAGACUUGAAUGAAUCAAUAGCUACUGAAGAACAGAUUACCGAUUUGCCAUCAACAACAAUUAAUGGCAAUCUUGAUGAAGAAGAACAUAUAAAAAUAAAUUCAAAUGAUCAAUCUUCGGAAAUUCCUAAUAUUACACAACCAAAUAUAAAAAUAUCAAGCAGUACACCAGUCACAGAAAACUUGAAUGAAUCAAUAGCUACUGAAGAACAGACUACCGAUUUGCCAUCAACAACAAUUAAUGGCAAUCUUAAUGAAGAAGAACAUACAAAAAUAAAUUCAAAUGAUCAAUCUUCGGAAAUUCCUAAUUUUACACAAUCAAAUAUAGAAAUGUCAACUAAUACAAUAGCCACAGAAAACUUGAAUGAACCAUUAACUACUCAAAAAGAAAUUAUCGAUUUACCAUCUGCAACAAUUAAUGACAAUCCAGAUAUAGAAAAACUAGAAAUAAAUUUAAAUGAUUCAUCUUCAAACAUUCUUAAUACUCCACAACCAAAUAUAGAAAUAUCAAAUAAUACAGCAAUUACAGAAGACUUGAAUGAACCAAUAGCUACUGAAGAACAGAUUACCGAUUUGCCAUCAACAACAAUUAAUGACAAUCUUGAUGAAGAAGAACAUAUAAAAAUAAAUUUAUAUGAUCAAUCUUCAGAGAUUCCUAAUAUUACACAACCAAAUAUAAAAAUACCAAAUAGUACACCAGUCACAGAAGACUUGAAUGAACCAAUAGCUACUGAAGAACAAAUUACUGAUUUGCCAUCAACAACAAUUAAUGGCAAUCUUGAUGAAGAAGAACAUCCAAAAAUAAAUUCAAAUGAUCUAUCUUCAGAAAUUCUUAGUACUACACAACCAAAUAUAGAAAUACUAAAUAGUACACCAGCAGUAAAAGACUUGAAUGAACCAAUAACUACUGAAGAACCGAUUACCGAUUUGCCAUCAACAACAAUUAAUGGCAAUCUUGAUGUAGAAGAAUAUACAAAAAUAAAUUCAAAUGAUUCAUCUUCAGAAAUUCCUAAUAUUACACAACCAAGUAUAGAAAUACCAAAUAGUACAAUAGCCAUAGAAAACUUGAAUGAACCAUUAGCUACUCAAAAAGAAAUUAUCGAUUUACCAUCGACAACAAUUAAUGACGGUCCUGAUGUAGAAAAACCAGAAAUAAAUUUAAAUGAUUCAUCUUCAAAUAUUCUUGAUACUCCACAACCAAAUAUAGAAAUACUAAAUAAUACAGCAAUUACAGAAGAUUUGAAUGAACCUAUAGCUACUGAAGAACAGAUUACCGAUUUGCCAUCAACAACAAUUAAUGGCAAUCUUGAUGAAGAAGAACAUACAAAAAUAAAUUCAAAUGAUCUAUUUUCAGAAAUUCUUAAUACUACUCAACCAAAUAUAAAAAUACCAAAUAGUACACCAGUCACAGAAGACUUGAAUGAACCAAUAGCUACUGAAGAACAGAUUACCGAUUUGCCAUCAACAACAAUUAAUGGCAAUCUUAAUGAAGAAGAACAUACAAAAAUAAAUUCAACUGAUCAAUCUUCGGAAAUUCCUAAUUUUACACAACCAAAUAUAGAAAUAUCAAUUAGUACAAUAGCCACAGAAAACUUGAAUGAACCGAUAGCUACUGAAGAACAAAUUACUGAUUUGCCAUUAACAACAAUUAAUGGCAAUCUUGAUGAAGAAGAACAUAUAAAAAUAAAUUCAAAUGAUCAAUCUUCGGAAAUUCCUAAUUUUACACAACCAAAUAUAGAAAUAUCAAUUAGUACAAUAGCCACAGAAAACUUGAAUGAACCGAUAGCUACUGAAGAACAAAUUACUGAUUUGCCAUCAACAACAAUUAAUGGCAAUCUUGAUGUAGAAGAAUAUACAAAAAUAAAUUCAAAUGAUUCAUCUUCAGAAAUUCCUAAUAUUACACAACCAAGUAUAGAAAUACCAAAUAGUACAAUAGCCAUAGAAAACUUGAAUGAACCAUUAGCUACUCAAAAAGAAAUUAUCGAUUUACCAUCGGCAACAAUUAAUGACGAUCCUGAUGUAGAAAAACCAGAAAUAAAUUUAAAUGAUUCAUCUUCAAACAUUCUUGAUACUCCACAACCAAAUAUAGAAAUACUAAAUAAUACAGCAAUUACAGAAGAUUUGAAUGAACCAAUAGCUACUGAAGAACAGAUUACCGAUUUGCCAUCAACAACAAUUAAUGGUAAUCUUGAUGAAGAAGAACAUACAAAAAUAAAUUCAAAUGAUCUAUUUUCAGAAAUUCUUAAUACUACUCAACCAAAUAUAGAAAUACUAAAUAGUACACCAGCAGUAAAAGACUUGAAUGAACCAAUAACUACUGAAGAACCGAUUACCGAUUUGCCAUCAACAACAAUUAAUGGCAAUUUUAAUGAAGAAGAACAUACAAAAAUAAAUUCAACUGAUCAAUCUUCGGAAAUUCCUAAUUUUAUACAACCAAAUAUAGAAAUAUCAACUAGUACAAUAGCCACAGAAAACUUGAAUAAACCAUUAGCUACUCAAAAAGAAAUUAUCGAUUUACCAUCUGCAACAAUUAAUGACAAUCCAGAUAUAGAAAAACUAGAAAUAAAUUUAAAUGAUCCAUCUUCAGACAUUCUUAAUACUCCACAAUCAAAUAUAGAAAUACCAAAUAAUACAAGGACAAUAAAAUUCAAUGAAUCUAUUGAAGAAGAGAAUUCUGAUUUUAUAUCAACAAAUAACGAUUCUGAAGUGAAAAAAGAGAAAAAAACAGAUAUAAAUUUAAACGAUCCAUUGUCAGAAAUACUUAUUACUGGUAUACCCAAUAUAGAAAUGGAACACAAUAUAGUAACAACAAUGAAAGUUACUGAACAAUCAACUUUCAAAACCGAAAAUUCUGAUAUUAUUUCAGAAAUUCCUUCCAAUACCUUAACUAGUAUCAAAGAAAACGAUAUACAUACAAUCAUAAAUUUAAAUGAUUCGUCAAUGGAAAUUACUACUCCUAGUUUACAAAAACAUAUGCAGUAG